AUGCUCGGCGCAGCAGGGAAGCAUCUGUACGAAGCUGUUCAGGAGGAGUACAAGAAGGCGGGCAAGAAGAACUGGCAGCUGAGGAAGUUCAGUAAGAAGGAGAGUGCUCCUUGGAUCGCUGCAGUCGCAAGUGCCAAGAAGCUCCUCCACAGCAAGCCGCGACAGCAUCCAGCACUCUUCUUGCUCUCUGUGGUCGGCAAAGAGAUGUACGAGGCAGCGCAGUCCUUGUACACGAAGCCAAAGGCAAAGACGAUGAAAGCCAUGAAAGCCAUGAAAGCUAUGAAGGCCAUGAAAUGA